AUGGCUAAUACCAGAGAUGAGCCGCAGCUGCAACCCCUACACAUCCUCUUCCUCCCGUACUUCGCUCCGGGACACCUCAUUCCGGUCACCGACAUAGCCGGCCUAUUCGCUGCCCGCGGCGCCAUGUGCACCAUCCUCACUACGCCCGUCAACACCGACAUCAUCCGUCCGGCCGUCGACCGCGCCAACGCCGCCAAUCUCCGCGGCGUCGGCUCCCAACCCAUCGUCAUCUCCGUCCUGCCUUUCCCCGACGUCGGGCUCCCGCCGGGCAUGGAGAACCUCAAGUCCGUCACCCCGUCCCACGGAGCAGAGUACCAUGUCAAGUUCGUCCAGGCCACGCAGCUUCUCCGCGAGCCCUUCGACCAGUUCCUGGCCACCACCCGCCCCCGUGUGGACGCCGUGGUGUCCGACAGCUUCUUCGCCUGGUCCACGGACUCCGCCGCGGCGCACGGCGUCCCGCGGCUCGUGUUCCUCGGCAGCAGCGUGUUCGCCUGGUCGUGCAGCGAGACCAUGCUGCGCAACAGCCCGCUGGAGGCGGCGAAUUGCCCCGACGAACCUGACGCCCUGGUUUUGCUGCCGGGGCUGCCGCACCGUGUGGAGCUGAGGCGGAGCCAGAUGCUGGACCCCGGGACGCGGCCGCUGGAGUGGGCAUUCGCCAGUGGCAGCAACACCGCCGACCAGAAGAGCUUCGGCGAAGAUAUGGCUAAAAGAUCCAACGCGUGCUCGCCUGAUGUGGUGGACGACUGCCUGCGGUGGCUAAACACGAAGCCGGUGGGCUCGGUGGUGUACAUCUCCUUCGGCACGCUCACCAGUUUCUCCCUUGCUGAGCAUCGCGAGAUCGCCCGUGGCCUUGACCUCUCCGGCAAGAACUUCGUGUGGGUGCUCAGUGGCAGCGAGGACGACCGGUCGGAGUGGAUGCCUGAUGGCUUCACCGAGCUGACCGGCAACAACGACCGCGGCUUUCUCAUACGAGGGUGGGCGCCGCAGACGCUCAUCCUGAGCCAGCCGGCGCUGGGCGGGUUCGUGACGCAUGGUGGCCUCCCCUCCCGUCCCGUCCCGUCGCCAAAGUCCAAAGAUAUAUCAGUCAUCCUAGGGAUGGACUGGUUGAUGGAGAAUGGGGUAGUGAUUAAUUGUGGAGACAAAACAGUAUCACUCCUCAAUUCCAUUGGAGGUCAUAUAGUGUUUCAGGGAGACAAAUAUACUCUGUUGGAGAUAGGAUUAGAGCUUAACAGUUUGAAGGAGGUAAAGAUUGAAGAAAUCCCUGUGGUAAAUGAGUUCCAAGAUGUGUUUCCUAAGGAACUACCGAGUAUGCCACCUGAUAGUGAGAUAGAAUUCACGAUAGACCUGAUUCCAGGCACAUCACUACCAAAGUGA